CGAGAACUCACACGAGAAUUUCCGCCAUAUUUGUCUAGUUCAGCUGGGAAAUCUUAUUCUUCGUCUCCAAAUAAUAACAAACUUUCUUUCUUGGGGAAUUUCAGGCCAGUUUCUGGCCUAAAGCGUAAUGCAUGCCUCUCUCAAGCGCAAGCAAGCGUGCUCUUACAGAUCAAAACAAGGGUGAAGACGCUUCCAAUCAUAAACGACGCCGAGUUAGUCACGAAAAUAACUCUCCUCCAAACAAGAAAUUAGAGGACAGUUCGCAAUCAACAAUGACGGAUUCGCAAAGAAGACCGAACUUCUCAGCCCUCACAAGCCCCAGUAAUGGGAUCGCUAGACACGCAUCUCCGCUUGCUAAUAAUAAACCAGGGGCUGCAAAGAAGUUGGUCAUCAAGAAUUUCAAAGAAAAACCAAAGAUGCCAGAGAACUUUCAGCAGGAGACUUGGAAGAAGUUGGGUGAGGCUGUAGAUGCUAUCCACAAGAGCUGCUCUAUCCGUUACAGCCUGGAGGAGCUGUAUCAGGCUGUGGAGAAUAUGUGCUCCUACAAGAUGUCAGCUAGCCUGUAUGACCAACUCAAACACAUCUGUGAAGAUCACGUCAAAGCCAACCUGAACCAGUUCUUGGGAGACACAUUGGAUUAUGAACAGUUUCUUAAGCUGAUAGACAAUUGCUGGCAAAACCAUUGUCGACAAAUGAUAAUGAUUCGCAGUAUAUUCCUGUUCCUGGAUAGGACAUAUGUACUUCAGAAUUCUGCAAUUCUUUCAAUUUGGGAUAUGGGUCUUGAUCUCUUCCGCGCCAACAUAAUCAGUCACAAGACGGUGGAGGCACGGACUGUUGAUGGCUUGUUGAAGCUGAUCGAGAGGGAACGCAAUGGCGAGGCAGUUAACCGACAGUUGCUGAAAAGUCUCCUCAGGAUGUUGUCUGAUUUACAGAUCUACCAUGAUUCCUUUGAAAAGAAAUUCCUGGAUGCCACAGAACAGCUGUACGCAGCAGAGGGACAGCAGCUGAUGCAGGAGAGAGAUGUGCCUGAAUACCUUGCCCAUGUGGACAAACGUCUCAAUGAGGAAAAUGAAAGACUCCUCCACUACUUGGACCAGUCAACAAAGAAAGCCUUGGUGAUGUGUGUGGAAAGACAGCUGCUGGAACAGCAUUUACACCAGAUACUGCAGAAAGGCUUAGACCAGCUUCUGGACGCCAACAGGAUUCCGGACAUGACCCUCCUGUUCCAGCUGUUCAACAGGGUCCGGGACGGUCUGCGACAACUCUUCCUGUCCUUCGGACUCUACAUCAAGAAUACUGGCCGGGUAAUAGUUGUGAACCAGGAGAAUGAUUCAGACAAAGACAAGGACAUGGUGCAGUGUUUGUUAGAUUUCAAGGAUAAAAUCGACAACAUAAUCAGCACAUGUUUUGGUCGUAAUGACAAAUUUAUCAAUGCAAUGAAGGAUAGUUUUGAAAACUUUAUCAACCAAAGACAGAACAAGCCGGCCGAACUUAUAGCAAAAUAUGUGGACUCCAAGUUACGAGCAGGAAACAAGGAGGCAACAGAGGAAGAGUUGGAGAGACUUCUAGACAAGAUCAUGGUGCUCUUUAGGUUCAUUCAUGGGAAGGAUGUGUUUGAAGCUUUCUACAAGAAGGAUCUUGCAAAGCGUCUUCUUGUUGGGAAAAGUGCAUCAGUUGAUGCGGAGAAGUCCAUGUUGUCAAAACUUAAACAAGAGUGUGGUGCAGCCUUCACUGGGAAGCUGGAGGGAAUGUUUAAAGACAUGGAGCUGUCAAAAGAAUUGACACUUGCCUUUAAACAAUACAUGCAGAACCAGGACGCCCCCGGGGGAAUCGAUCUGACGGUUAACAUCCUCACCAUGGGGCACUGGCCCACAUAUCAGCCCAUGGAGGUGCACCUUCCCUCCGAGAUGAUUCAGUUCCAAGAAGUGUUCAAAACAUUUUACCUCGGCAAGCACAGUGGUCGUAAACUGCAGUGGCAGCCCACCCUAGGGCAUUGUGUUCUCAAGGCUACAUUUGCUGGGGUGAAGAAAGAGCUCCAGGUAUCCCUCUUCCAGUCUCUGUGUCUUCUACUCUUCAAUGAAGGAGAUGACUACACAUACAGCGAAAUCAAGACAGCCACAGCUAUCACGGACAGUGAGUUGCGUCGCACUCUGCAGUCUCUGGCUUGUGGCAAGGCUAGAGUUCUCAUCAAGGCCCCAAAGGGGAAGGAAGUGGAAGAUGAUGACAAGUUUUCUUUCUGCAAUGACUUCAAACACAAGUUGUACAGAAUCAAGAUUAACCAGAUACAGAUGAAGGAAACGCAAGAGGAAAACACCAGCACAACAGAACGAGUGUUCCAGGACCGACAGUACCAAGUAGACGCUGCCAUUGUCCGCAUCAUGAAGACACGCAAGACUCUCAGUCAUAACCUCCUCAUUGCGGAGCUCUACAACCAGCUCAAAUUCCCAGUCAAGUCACCUGACCUGAAGAAAAGAAUCGAGAGCCUUAUUGACCGUGACUACAUGGAGAGAGACAAGGAUAACCCCACGAACUACCACUAUAUGGCCUAAUACCUCCAGCUGUGGGGCAGUUCCACUGACCUUCAUCAGUGCUACCGAGUCUUGUGCUAGGGGCUUCAUCCCCACAGACAACUAUGAAUGAAUACUGAGUGUGUUUAUGUAGAUCAUUUCAGACAGUACUUCGAAUUUAUAUGCAGGUUACUGUUUGUAGACCAUAUCAAGUGUUGUGGAGGACAGAGGAAUAGACAUCCUGACGUUUGUCAAAAUCGCCCAUUAUUCACCAGUAUGGUGAAAUCAUUAUUCAAAGUACUUCUAUUUCAGUAUGAGGUGUGGCAUUGGUAUAAAUAUACAAUACAAACUGCAAGCUUUACCCUGCAUAUAUAUGUUACACCUUUCUGGAGAUGAUCUAUGUCCAACUGGGUCUACCAUCCGACCACGAGGCAUGACUGUGAUUUGCCAAGGGAGAUAACCGGGACGGGAAUGCGUGAACUAUCCCGUGUACGUGAGGCAGACUUCUGUUUACUAUUAUGUUUUGUGUACUUUGGUUUGAAAUAUUUACAAGUAUGGGUGAAGAUUAUGAAGCUGUAAAUAACUUAAAAAUGCUUUGUACUACUGCAAAUGUGUAUUUUUGGAUUUGAAACAGACAGGAUUUCUGUGACUGUUUAUUUUCAUGUGAAGAGUGACCGUGAAGGGUGCGAGAGUCUGUAUUUAAAAAACUGUGAUGAAAAAAAGCAUUACAAGUUUCGACAUUUGCAGGCUGCUUCUAAGAAAUUGUCCAUUUCCAUAUAACAUUAGUUCACUAGUUUUAGCCCAUCUUGAUGACUUAAACAAUGCUUUCAUCUCAAAUAAAUCUGUCGAUGCAUUGCUUGUACAGAACACCACGGGUUCUGUACGUCAUGUUCAGCUGAGAGAAAUGAUUAUAUUUUGUGCAGUGAGAGCUGCCCUGCUUAAACAUAUCUCUCUAUAUUUUUCCUCCCUGAUGAACAAUUAUCCGUCAACAUGUUUGUGUGACAAGAAAAAACUCAUCACCGUUCAUUGUCAUCAUUAACAAGAAUCAAUGUUUAUAUUCUAGUUCUUAGACAGAUACCUGAAGUCCUGUGAAUGGAGACGGGUUCGUGGGUUCAGCAGCUUCCUUGGACAGUUGUGUUGACGCUAUGACCACAUGUUUCUGAUCCUGUCACAUUUUAUAGUGUGUGUUUCUUCUGGAUUAUCUGCUCUUGUCCUUAAAGAUUUGACAGAGGGAUGGAAUUAUGUGGAGUCAAGGUCAUAGCCAUUAAGGGUUUAAGGAGCUGACCAUUUGCUAUUCUCAAGGGCUUGAGAUUUGAUUUCUUCAUAUUUUGUUCCUAAAAACAAAUUGUACAUUGGACAGACUGGAUAUACUGAUAUGGAAAAUUGUGUUUUGAAGCAAUCGAAAUAAUCUCUCCCCAAAUCCCCAGCCUACAAAAUAGUAAAUGGUGAGUCCCUUAGAAGGUCAGUUCACUUCGUCACUAAGAUCAUUUCAUCUUCACUUGCUGCUGGAUUAAUAAUUCAUUAAGACAUGGAUUCAAAGACUAUCUUUACUUCAUAAUGAGUAAGUCUGUCACAUAAAUUUUUGAAAAAAAUUGUAAUGGAUGUACCUUGAAUCCAGAAAUAGUUUGUAAUUCUCGGUUGGAACUGUUGGUCUGGUAUGUUUACUCCAGCUUGAUGUAAUGUAAAUAUGGUACAAUUAUAUGGACAUGGCUUGAUCAAUGACUCGAGUUCUACAAUCCUGUGUGAAGACAAGGGCAGGUAACUCUGCAUAUUUACCCCACCCUGAUUCUGUGUAAAUAUUUGAUGUAGUAUGAAAUGAGAAUGUUUAGUGAUGGAUGGAAGAUUUGGCACAUCAUAUAUAAGUGCUGUGUGUGAGAGAUGUGUAGAUUGUGUGUAAGAAUGAUAGUCAGUUCAACUUUUUCAAAACAUUUUGUUGUCUUAGGCACAAAAAUCCUUCCGUUCACAAGGCUGAAUCUACACAGGGUUCUGGGUUUUGGAGGUGAAAAUGGAAAGACGAAACAAAAUGACUUAGGGGGAAUAAUUUUCAAAAUAAUAAAAAUUUAAAAAAGCCAAUAACAUAAGAAUACAAAGAUGAUAUUGCUUAAGGGAGCAUUGGGGUUAAGGUAGCCAGUGGUCUUCGUAUUGCAGUUCAGUGAGCAGAGUUGCAUCCCCUUUCAGGAUCCGUGUUUUGUGGGUUUGAAUCCAUUCCGUACACGAUCCUUGGUUUGUCAGCACCAUACCCUUGCUGGUAGAUUCCACCAAAGUGGUAAACUCCUGAGAUUCUUUCUUCAUCCGUACAACAGCUAACACCGUGAUAUGACAAAAUACUCACAUGAUGCAGUGUUCUUCUCACCAUCAGACUUGUAUCAAAGAUAUCUUGGUUGUUAUAACUGAAGACCUAUGCACUUUGCAUCUUCGAUCUUACAAGAUCUUCUUCAGUGUAUUAUACCCAGGACCCAUUUGCUACCAAAGCUUUGUAUUUAGCCCAAUCCAAGUGGCACAACGCUGAAAAGUAACCCUCAGACAUGUAGCUACAGAAGCCUUUCAGGGCCAUUGGUUUUUUUCUUGAAAUUUCAAGUUAUGAUCUUAAAAUUUGAAUCUUAUCUUGAAAUUUCAAGAUAAUAAUCUUGAAUUUUCAAAUAAGUUUGUCGCUUGAAAUUUCAAGAAAAAAAUAAAUAAACAAAUUGCCCCAAAAGGCUUCUGUAUGUAUGUCAUUAGUGAAACACUGUGCUAAAUUACUGAUACGCAGAUGGUGAUGUCACUUCAGAAGGAGGUUUGGUGGCAAAUGGGUCCAGAGUAUUUAUAACAGAAUGGCAAUAUAGCCCACUGGAUAUUCAAGGAUGGCUCCUAUUUUAGAUCAGUUUGAUUUAAUUGUUAUUCUGAUUAGUUCGGGCGUUCGCAUUUCAGUUACAUUUCAAGAACAGGUUAUUUUGUUGCAUAGUAUAGCAGAAGAAGGGAUGUUUCAACAAGAAUUAUAGCAUGUGCUGCAAUGUAAUAGACGAGCACUGACAAGUUAUAGGACAUGAACAUUUUGGGGGAUUAUUUUAAUAUGAACAUAGAAGCUCAACCCAAACCCUGUGAUGAUCUUGUCCAUUUUUUUCUAAUUUUUUUAAAAAUAUUUUUUUUCCCUGUAAGUUGUGUACGGACAAGCAGCACAACUUGUCAACAUGAGACUUGUACAGUCCCACUGCAUUAUUUAUAAAUAAAUAAUGUUCCCUUA